UACGCGUAUUUCAGAGUCGCUUUUCUAGCAUCAAACGCAUCAAACGCACGGUGAAAAGCAGAAGCGUCCGCAGUGCUUCACAGUGGACAUGUUCUAAAGGUAGUGGAUUCGUGUGUAAAUGAUGCAAAGUGUACUAUCCUUGCCCGUGGCUUCCGUGCUGUUGGUGUGUGCGUGUUUGUUCGUGCCCUUCGUCCGAACGAUCGAGGUGCACGAAGAUGUCAACGAAGGUCCCACGAUCGGUGCCCAUCUGCGCGCGGUAAACGCGUCCAUUCCGCAUACCAACGCAACCGCUGGCCCGCCGGUUGUUGAACGCAAUGUAAAUGACCUACCGCCGCCGUCCGCGCCACCUCUGCUGCAUCGGCCGCGUGAACAAAUCGCCACCGCCAACGCCAGCCCCACCGCCAGUGAGGCAAGCGCGGGAGAGCAGCCAGCGCUGGUUGCAAAUAAUUUCACCGCAUUUCCCACCAAUCAUAAACAGCAUUCCGGGGCGAGCACGGUGCACGGCCAAACGUCAUCGCCAUUAACGACGGAAGUGGUUGCAAUCGCUGGCAUAACUUCCGUCUUGUCGUCCGCCACCCCAACGCCCCCGGUCGCCGCCGCGGUCGGCGGGUUGUCGUCCUUUCGAGCUGCCAACGGUCGUUUGUAUCCAGCGCGGGGCACCUCGUCGAUCGUGAACGAUCGUACAGUGCAGCACCAGAUCUCGAGCUACCGGAAGCGACAGCUUUACGCAAGUGCAGCGCCGCGCCGAAAUGUCACUGGCAGCUCCUCCGAGGGACAGUUUGCCAAGGAGUUCGUCCCAUCGCCCGAGGUGGUGCCGUUUUUCAACGAGGACAACUCGGCACCGGGCAGUCCCGCAGCGGGCACGGUGGAUGCCCCCUACCCGUCCGGACAUUCCGACGCUGACUCACGCUGGUAUGCCGGUGGGAUUGGCCUAUCCGGGCACGGGGCGUACGCUAAAGCGGCUCCCGGUGGGGGUGGUGGCUCAUCGGAAGAGUCGGGAAGGUGGGAGCAUAAGUACGGUUGGACCACUCCUCAGACCCACCAGCGCCAUCAGCCCACGGUGCAGAUAAAGUUCCCGCAGGAUCCAACGCCGCACUUCCCCACGCCCAAGGGCAAGUGGAAGUGGAUACCGGAGGAGGAGGAGGAGACGGAAUCAGCGCAAGCGGCCAAAGCCGAACGUCCACGUCCAGCGGAGACCCCGUUCUCGUCGCCGCUCGGUUCGUUCGAGGAGCAGCAUUUCGGACGCCCUCAGUUCGCGUAUCCCGUACCGACUGCGGUGAAAAGUCAUCCGUACAGCUUCGAUCGGUCCCCGGUAGAGGGUACCUUCAGCAUUGAACCGGUGCUAAUAGCCAACCAUAGUAGUGCAGGUGGCGGUGUUGGUGGUGGCAGCAGUACCGGUGGAAGUGCUCCUGGGACGGAAAGUAAUGAAGCUGCCGGUGGAAUCGGAGGCACGACCGACGUUAAGCUGGCGGGCAAAGAGGAUGCACAUCUCAAAGGUGUUUCACCGUGGAAGAAAAUCAUACACGUUCUGAGUGCAGCCAUUCCGAUCGGGCUGCUAAUAUCGGCGCUCACGCCACAGGUCGUUUACAUCAACCCGAAUGCCACGCAACCGCCCAUCCAGCUGCAAACGCCGACCCCGGUCGGUGGUAGCGCUCUGUCCAGCACGCCAACGCGUCAGCGCAGCCUCGGACAGGAUGUGCCACGGUUUCUGCUAGCCCAGCGCGGUCUCGGUGCGGAUCCGGACGCGCUGGUCCGGCUGCUGCGCAAGCUGAACGCGCUCGAGCAGCGCGAAACGCCAGCACACGACAAUGACGACGGCAAGGGCACGAACCGCCUAAGUGACAGCAGCGCUGCAAGGCUGCAGGGAUGCGACUGGAAGCUGCUCUGCCAGCUCGUCCGCCAAGGAAUGUCCGGCAUGGGCACGGACGCACUGCACAAGACGCUGUGGAAGAUUGUCAGCGAGACCUCCCCAUCGGAAUGGCAGGCGGCGGACGGGCUCGGGCUGGACGAAACGUUCCGCCUCAUACGGGACGGUGAUUGCGAUCGGCUGCAGCGCACCUGCGACCAGGACACUUGAGGACGCGGUUGCGAAGACGUGGUAAAACAAAGGCCCACCACCCAACACGAAGGAGAAGGCUUCGGAGCGAGCAGGGAGGACAGCAACGGGGGACAUCGUUUUAACAAAGCGAAAGUCGAUAAAGUGCAUCUUUGGCCCCACCGGGUGGUUAUACAGUGUGCAGCCCGCGGCGCAAUAAAACGAGA